GCAGCUGAAAAAGUUGGAUGAAGAUAGUUUAACCAAACAACCAGAAGAAGUAUUUGAUGUCUUAGAGAAACUUGGAGAAGGUCAUCGUCUUUUUGUAAGUUGGAAAAAUACUCUUUGGAAUCCAGCAAGAAAUCAAGCAGAGAAGGGAAGUAAAAAUGACACACCAGCUGUGCUGUGAAAAGACAAGUCCAAGAUGAAUCUGAAGACUGCCAGUUGACUGGCAUCAUUAAAGAGACGAGGUCUCACUGUGUUGUCCAGGCUGGUCUCGAACUCUUGGCCUUAAGUGAUCCUCCUGCCUCAGCCUCCCAAAAUGCUAGGAUUAGAGACGUGAGCCACUGCACCUGGACAAAUUGCGUUUUAGAUCUAUGGAUGUCUUCUGCAAGGAAUGUGGAAAUUUCCCUAUGAAGAUAUCACCAGGGAGAAAACAAAGUUUCAGAUCUUUCUUCCCAUACUAUCACCUUAUUGUUCUAAAUAAUACCAGAUUUCUGGUAUUUCUUGGAUUUCUGUUAUUCUGACUGAAUGAACCUAAGCAAGCCUCAUUUAACUAGGAAUAUUUUGAAGGAAGACCUUCACUGCACUUCUUUUCCAAACAUGUGACACAAUGCUAUUCUUUUUUUUUUGAGAUUAAGUCUUGGUCUGUCACCAGGCUGGAGUGCAAUGUCACAAUCUCAGCUCACUGCAACCUCUGCCUCCCAGGUUCAAGCAAUUCCCCUGCCUCAGCCUCCUGAGUAGCUGGGACUAUAGGCACACACCACCACGCCUGGCUUAUUUUUUGUAUUUUAGUAGAGAUGGGAUUUCACCAUGUUGGCCAGGAUGGUCUUGAUCUGAUCUUGUGAUCUGCCUGCCUCAGCCUCCCAAAGUGCUGGAAUUACAGAUGUGAGCCACCACGCCUGGCCAGUGCUAUUCUUAAAUUGUUCUGGAGGAUGAAUGGUUUGUGAACUCUCACUGACUUGUAUCUUGUGAAAUGAGCUCUGGCUAAAAAAACUGUUGGAUUCUGGAGGCUGCAAUCAUUCUGUGUUAUGAGGAUCAUAUGGAUCUGUGGCAGAGUAGAGCCAAAGCUCCAGACCAGGAUGAGUGCAGAGCACUUGGGAAGUAUUUUCAAGUGGAGCCUAGCACCUUUUUUCUUCUACUUAAAGUUGUAUGCAUUGACUUAUUUAAAUUUUUAUCAUAGAAUGAUAACAAAAGCAUCUUGCCCAUGGUUUCAUAAAAAAUGAGUGCUAUUGUUAAGACUUGUAUCUGGUUAAUUUGGCGUCAGAUACUGUAAUAUUUCCAUUUUUCUACAUAGAUCCUUGCCUUGCAUGGCUUAUGUAAAACACCUACUUCUCCAUUCUCUGCUGUCAGUUGUAAUUCAUUGAAUCAUCGCAUUUUGUUGUAGGGAGUCAAGUUUUAAGGGACUUGCUUGUGAGUAUGAUUGCUGAAAUCUUCUAACCCCCCCCCAUCCCCACCUUCAGAAUACUGUAAAUGCAGUAUAUGGAAUCAGGAAUCUUAAUUUCAUAUGAGCUAUCAGAGUUUUCCUUGCUAUCAGGAUGCAUAGGGAGGUAUGAAGAGUGUUCUGGUCAAGAUUGCUGAGUGAGUGUAUGCAGAGAACUUUCUAAUACAUAAGAAUAAUGAGUGAAAAUUAUUUUAAAUAUAAGGAUAUAUAGACAGCUGUGGACAAGGGAUAGGAAAGAAAUCUAAAUAAUCAGUGGAGACUAAAGCAUGCCUUAUCCUUGUCAGGAGAUUGCAUUUGAGCUUCCUGCAUGAAGUUGGGGGCUGGAACUUGGCUCUCCGUCUGUGAACUAAAGCUGAAAUAAAUUUGCCUGACCACAACCAGAAAGUGUCAUUUGCCUGUGGCCUAGGGAAAAAAUGGAUAUACUGGUUCGAUAAUAGGAACUGAGCUUGGAUUGUAUUUAAGUAUGGUAUCUUGAAGGGCAAAAACCCCAAACUCUGAAUAUAAGACCUGGUUUAAGUUGUAUAUCCCAGACGACUGUACUGAGAAAACCAUGAAAUCAUCUGACAGUUGAGUGUGGUAUAGAGGAAAAUCAUUCAAGAGAAAAUGAAAUCUGUGCAAGGAAAUCUACUGCCAUGAGAUAAUCAGCAGAAUGGGAGAAUUCACACUGAAGGAAAAAGAAAUAAUGGAGCAAUCUCAAAAAUAAUUUAAUAUGAUUACAAUUUUCAAAAAGAUCAAGGAGGAGAUAACAUUUUUAAAAGAACAUCAGAUUAUUAACAUGAUUAUUAACACAUUUGCCCAAAGGCAGAUAAAAAGUUGGGAAUCUUGGCAAUGAAAACUACAACAAUUGAAGUUUUAAAAGCCCAAUAAAUUGGAUAAACAGUAAACUAGACAAACUGAAAGGAGAAUUUGUGAAUUGAAAGAUAGAAAUGAUACUGAUCACAACAUGCAGAGCAGAGAAAUACAGUGUUGGAAACCAGGAAGACAACAUAAAUUGAGGAGGUCUAAUACAGUUUCAGUAGGAAUUCUAGAAGAAGAUCCUAGAAGUGAUAGAGGAAAUAAUCACAUAAUAAUCCUGAGAGUUUUUCAUUCUUGAGGAAAGACACGAGCCCUCAGAUUGAAGAAGUUUAUGAAGUGCCAGAUCAACUCCUAGUUAUAUUACAGUAGAAUAGUAGACUGUUAAGGACAAAAGAAACCUUAAAAGCUAUGGGGAGAUUACCCAUGGAAAAUGAUAAUCUGAUGAAAGCAGACUUCUCAGCCACAAUCAAUGUUGGAACACUGCAACAACAGUGCUGAGGGAAAGCUGUUGUCAAUCCGGUAUCCAACCAAACUAUCAUUCUAGAGUGGAGGUGAAAUAAAGACAGUUUCAGACAUACAGGAGCUAAUUUAUCAAGAAUGCCUUUGGAUGGAAGUAACAAUACCCAACAAACAGUGGCUAACCAAUAAAGACAUUAAGAACCAAAUAAUACAUCUAGGGGUGUGAGAUUCGAGAAGCGGUUAAUUGGCUUGACAAUGGUUUGACAUCUGGGCAAUUCUCAUAGUCUCAAAUGGCUGCAUUAGUUUCAAGCAUCAUCCCUCGCAUGGCAGUAACCAAAGUCCUAUGGCAGCGUAUACAAAGCUAUUCAUAAAGAGACCGGUCAGAUUGUUGCUAUUAAGCAAGUUCCUGUGGAAUCAGACCUCCAGGAGAUAAUCAAAGAAAUCUCUAUAAUGCAGCAAUGUGACAGCCCUCAUGUAGUCAAAUAUUAUGGCAGUUAUUUUAAGAACACAGACUUAUGGAUCGUUAUGGAGUACUGUGGGGCUGGUUCUGUAUCUGAUAUCAUUCGAUUACGAAAUAAAACGUUAACAGAAGAUGAAAUAGCUACAAUAUUACAAUCAACUCUUAAGGGACUUGAAUACCUUCAUUUUAUGAGAAAAAUACACCGAGAUAUCAAGGCAGGAAAUAUUUUGCUAAAUACAGAAGGACAUGCAAAACUUGCAGAUUUUGGGGUAGCAGGUCAACUUACAGAUACCAUGGCCAAGCGGAAUACAGUGAUAGGAACACCAUUUUGGAUGGCUCCAGAAGUGAUUCAGGAAAUUGGAUACAACUGUGUAGCAGACAUCUGGUCCCUGGGAAUAACUGCCAUAGAAAUGGCUGAAGGAAAGCCCCCUUAUGCCGAUAUCCAUCCAAUGAGGGCAAUCUUCAUGAUUCCUACAAAUCCUCCUCCCACAUUCCGAAAACCAGAGCUAUGGUCAGAUAACUUUACAGAUUUUGUGAAACAGUGUCUUGUAAAGAGCCCUGAGCAGAGAGCCACAGCCACUCAGCUCCUGCAGCACCCAUUUGUCAAGAGUGCCAAAGGAGUGUCAAUACUGCGAGACUUAAUUAAUGAAGCCAUGGAUGUGAAACUGAAACGCCAGGAAUCCCAGCAGCGGGAAGUGGACCAGGACGAUGAAGAAAACUCAGAAGAGGAUGAAAUGGAUUCUGGCACGAUGGUUCGAGCAGUGGGUGAUGAGAUGGGCACUGUCCGAGUAGCCAGCACCAUGACUGAUGGAGCCAAUACUAUGAUUGAGCACGAUGACACGUUGCCGUCACAGCUGGGCACCAUGGUGAUCAAUGCAGAGGAUGAAGAAGAGGAAGGAACUAUGAAAAGAAGGGAUGAGACCAUGCAGCCUGCAAAACCAUCUUUUCUUGAAUAUUUUGAACAAAAAGAAAAGGAAAACCAGAUCAACAGCUUUGGCAGGAGUGUACCUGGUCCACUGAAAAAUUCUCCAGAUUGGAAAAUACCACAGGAUGGAGACUAUGAGUUUCUUAAGAGUUGGACAGUGGAGGACCUUCAGAAGAGGCUCUUGGCCCUGGACCCCAUGAUGGAGCAGGAGAUUGAAGAGAUCCGGCAGAAGUACCAGUCCAAGCGGCAGCCCAUCCUGGAUGCCAUUGAGGCUAAGAAGAGACGGCAACAAAACUUCUGAGCAAGGCUAGGCUGUGAGGGCCCCAGCUCCACCUAGGCUUUGGGUGAAUUCUGGAUGGCUUGCCUCACAUUUGUUAGCCAGCACUUCUGCUCUGUCGUCUCUCCACAGCACCUUUGUGAACUCAGGAAUGUGCGCCAGUGGGAAGGGCUCUCUUGACAGUCAACGUUCCAUCUUGAUGUGUGUAUGUACAUUGGUCAGGUAUAUUAUUUCAAAGGAUUUAUAUUGGCGCUUUUAACUCAGAGUUUUAAACCCCAGGAACAGAGACUCCUAGUUGAGUGAUAGCUGGGAAAGUUUUACAUUGUCUGUUUGUUUUUCUUCUCCCAAUAGCUUUCGAUUGUUCUUUCUGGAAGACUUUCAAAAAAUAUAUAAAUAUGCAUAUAUAUAUAUAUAAAUUAUAAAUAGAUUCCCCACGCAGUGUGGUGGCAUCUCUGUACAGGUACAGUUUUAAACAGUUUGCCUCUUUUCUGUAAGAUUAUGGUACUGUGGAACAUGAGGGCAGAGUACACUGGGAGGCUGUUAGGGGGUCACUGAAUCCCAGGAGCCAACCUCCCCCUUUGCAGGGCUGCAUUUAAAAAUUAGAUUUGGGACAGUUCUUUUACCAUGGUUUCAGCCUUGUGUGGUCAUCACUGGCUUCUGGAGCUAUUGGUGAUGUCCAAGGGAAAGCUUUGAGAGUUUAUGUUUACUCCUUGAGUCCCAGGAGAAGCCUGGCACCCUCUUUGCAAAUUGGCCUUUGCUCUUUCAAUGCCUUUCAUCCAUCUCCACUCUCUCAACUGCCUAAAGUCACAGCACAGAUACUGCCCAGUGCCUUAAGAGGAGACAUGAUCCACUGAGGGGAUAGGUCUACCAGGAACUCUCAGCAAACACGGGGCUGUGUUCAGUCCACAAAGGAAAAGCGUUUUCGAAGCUCUCAUUGUUCAUGUAAAAAUCAUACAUGUGGCAUUUUGCUCCACAUUCCUUACACAUAGGGGUAGAGGGGAUUGCUUUUGUGACCCACAUUCAAAUAUGUGACUGUUUUCUUUUCUCUUUUACUGCUAAGCAGCCUGGAAAGGAUAAAUGAAUAUUAGACUAAGAUUUGUUCUCCAGGAGGCUCAAUCUGAACACACAGAAUGUCAGAGCUGGAAGGGACCAUAGAGAUCAUCUGGUCUGACCCUCUUGUACGGAUGAUCGGAAAACUGAGGUGUAGAGAGGGGAAUGGCCAAAAUCACAAAGCAAGUUAGCGUAAGAGCUGGGACUAGAAUUCAGGGUCCUCACUCCCAGGCCACUGAACCAUGCAGCCCCUUCUUUGGGGGAAGAGACCUGUGUCAGUCUUGGUUAAUUGUUCCAGGGAACCUUGCUAACAGAAACUUGCUCUUGCCUUGGCUCUUCAGUAGAUGACCUGGCUGUAAAGAGAUUCCCUGGACAAGCCAGAUCAUUCAGUUUCAGCGAGUCCUUGAGCUCCGCAACAUCUGCCAAAUAUAGCAGACAAGCACCCAUGGAGGCAGGUUUUGGGCCUGAAGCAGAUCAGAGGGCUUUGCAAAAGACAGCAUAGAGCCAUCUUCCUGCAACUUUACCUCUUUCCCUCAGAUGGGGAGCCAUGACUGGGUUGCACCUCAAGAUACUGUAAUUUGACUCCAUAAUUGCUUUUGCUCCUGAAACCUGGGAAUCAAUGGAAAGGCAGGGAAUGUGCCUCUUCUGUGGCCAGAUUCUGUUAUUUGCAAUUAAAACAAGUUUUUAAAAAAUGCAAGAGGCAGUUGUUAGUCUUCAGGGCUUGGCCACUGAAAUAGCUAUGUGGCAGAUACGGAAAACAGGACAAUUUGAGGAUCUUGCUGGAAUAAUAAAUGGCAGCUACGAUUUGUUGUGCACCUAUUAUAUAUCAGGCACUGAGCUGGGUAGGCUCUAAACUUCACAAUAACCCUGUGACUUAACUACUUUAUCUCCAUUUUGUAGUUGAAGAAAUAAGUUCAGAGAGAAAGAUUCCUUCCCAAGGUCAUGCAGCUAGUAAAUGAUAGAAUCAGGAUUCAUAGCAUCACUAUAGGGGAUCAUAUUUACACAAAAAAGGAAAGUCACAAGCCUUUUUAAAAUGAAGUGACUACCUUUUCUUGCAUAGACUAAAUAACUCUAACUGGCAUUUUUAGGUUGGAAAGACAGCUGAAUUAGUGGUUAAGUCUGAUAGCCAAGUAAGUUUUAAAAACCAAAGCAUCCAGGAUACAUACCCCUGCACCAUUUGCUGUGCUAAUUAAUAAUUCUGUCUCUCUCUCUGUCUUUUUUCUUUUUAUUUUUUGAGAUGGAUUUUCGCUCUUGUCGCCUGGGCUGGAGUACAAUUGCACGAUCUUGGCUCACUGCAACCUCCACCUCCCAGGUUCAAGCGAUUCUCCUGCUGGGAUUACAGCAUGUGCCACCAUGCCCAGAUUAUUUUUUUGUAUUUGUAGUAAAGACGGGUUUCACCAUGUCAGUCAGGCUGGUCUUGCACUCUUGACCUCAGGUGAUCCACCCGCCUUGGCCUCCCACACUGCUGGGAUUACAGGCAUGAGCCACAGCUCCUGGCCUCUCUUUCUUUUUUAGACAAAGAACUCUGCACUUGGCCAGACAGGAGGAGAAAGCCCAUUUUCUCCUUUCCUAAGCUAGAUCCAAAAAAAAAGAAAGUUCAGUUUUCCCCCAUAACUAUUCUUGGGUCAUGAACUUUGAUCUGGAGUUUGUUUUGUUUCAGGCAUGUGUGCACCCAGCUUGCUGAUCCAACAAAGUCUAUUGCUUACCAGUCUAGCUUGAUGGAGCCUUUUGGCCAGAAGUCAGUUUGUUUUGGAUCAGAGAAAUUUCCUGACAAGGUAUAUUUGUUUUCUAGUGACAGAAAGGCAAAGGAGCAAGUCCUAGUUUUUGUUGUUGUUGUUGUUGUUGAAUACUAAAUUUAAGAUAUAUCAGCUUGCUUUCAACGAGCCUUGGGCUUCCGUCAUUGCCUGGGCAUUUGCAGCUCGAGCUUCCAGAGAAAUUUGAGGUCCUUGCUUGUUCUCUGCCUUCAAGAAACAAUGACCUGAUUCUGUCUUUUAAAAAAAAAAAAAUCUCAGAAUUCUUUUUUUGUUUUCUUUUUUUUUUUUUUUUUUUUUUGAGACGGAGUCUCACUCUGUCGCCCAGGCUGGAGUGCAGUGGUGCCAUCUCGGCUCACUGCAACCUCUGCCUCCCAGGUUCAAGCAAUUUUCCUGCCUCAGCCUCCAAGGUAGCUGGCACUACAGGCGCUGUGCCACCACGCCUGGCUAAUUUUUGUACUUUUAGUAGAGACAGGGUUUCACCAUAUUAGCCAGGCGGGUCUUGAACUCCUGACCUCGUGAUCCACCUGCCUCAGUCUCCCGAAGUGCUGGGAUUACAGGCGUGAGCCACCCUGCCUGGCCAAAAAUCUCAGAAUUCUUUAAGACUAUUUUAAUUAUUCCAUCAGUAAUUUUGAAGCACAUUCCUUUUUUUUUUUUUUUUUUUCCUUUUUUGUCCCUUUCCCCAAGCCACCAGUUGGAUGGAUGAAUGUUUGACAGGGAAGAGGAAGGGUGGGAGGAUGCAUGGAUGAGUGGAUGAGUGGAUCAAUAGACAUAUUGAUAAAUAGAUAGAACCAGUCAUCUGAAGCACCUUAAGAACUGUAGCCUUGACUCCUUGAGACUGUAGAUUUCGAUCCAGGAAACAUUUAUUUAGCACCUGCCAGAUGCCAGAAAUUUUUUUUUUUUUUUUUUUUUUCGAGACAGAGUCUUGCUCCAUCCCCCAGGCUGGAGUGCAGUGGCGCGAUCUCGGCUCACUGCAAACUCUGCCUCCCGGGUUCACGCCAUUCUCCUGCCUCAGCCUCCCGAGUAGCUGGGACUACAGGCGCCCGCCAACACGUCCGGCUAAUUUUUUGUAUUUUUAGUAGAGACGGGGUUUCACCGUGUUAGCCAGGAUGGUCUCGAUCUCCUGACCUCGUGAUCCGCCCGCCUCGGCCUCCCAAAGCGCUGGGAUUACAGGCUUGAGCCACCGCGCCCGGCCUAGAUGCCAGAAAUUUAUACCAUUUAAAACUCAGUAAGUCUUUUCAAUAUCAGGAAUGAGAGAAGUGACAUUGUGAUACAUCCUAUGGGUAUUAAAAAACCAAUAGAACAUCAUAAACAAAUUCCUUGAAAAAUAUAAAGUACCAAAAUUCAUUCAAGAAGAAAUAGAUACCAGCCUGAACAACAUGGCAAAAUCCCAUCUCUACAAAACAUCAAAAAAAAAAAAAUUAGUCGGGCAUGGUGGCCCACACCUGUAAUCCCAGCUGGUCAGGAGGCUGAAGUGAGAGGAUCACCUGAGCCCAGGGAGGUCAAGGCUGCAGUGAGCCAUGGUCUCACCACUGCACUCUAGCCUGGGUGACAGAAUGAGACUCCGUCUCAAACAAAAAAAAGAAGAAGUAGAUAAUCUGAAUAGCCCUAUCUAUAGAAACUUAAUAGUGCUGGGAGAUAUAGGUAUUAUUAUCCUCAUUUUACAGAUGUGAAAAUUGAGGCUCAGAGAGGUAAAGUCUAUUGCUCAAGCUCAUGUGGCUAGAAUAUGGCAGAGCCAGGAUUCAGAUCCAGGUCUUCUGAUUCUUAUUCCAGUGUCCUUUCUAGCAUACCAUAUUGCCUCUAAAGAUUGCAGCUCCUUAUUUACUAGAAAAUUGUUCCUGCCCAAUCUACAUCUCCAUCUCACCCCAUCUUUUCUUAAGCACUAUGUUUGUGUUUUUAUCAGUAUUAUAUUCAUUGUCUUUGGAAUACAUGUUCUUGUUUGUGUUUGGAAAAAAAAUCUCUUUUACCAGCUUGUACUCGGACCAACUUGGAAAAAAAAAAAAAGCUUAAAUGCUGUUGCUAUGUACAGUUUAAAAAUGUGAAGUUUGUAGCUUUAACUUUUUGUAAGAAAAUCUAAUAACACUGGCUUAAGUGCUGACUUGAAAUGCUAUUUUGUAAGGUUUGGAUGUAAGUAAUCAAUUGAGGUCAGCAGUUUGUAUGAGACGUAGCUUCCUCCAUUGCCCCCACUCUUUUUUUUUUUUUUUUUUUUAAGUUUGAGAUGCUUCCUGUGUUUUUAUGUUAGAAUUGUUGUUCUUCUUCCUUUCUUCUUCCUAUACCUCAUCACGUUUGUUUUAAAUAAACUGUCCUUUGGACCACAAACCCUUA